AUGGCACAGACAGAUGUGCUCCUGACCAAGGAGCCGGCCCCACAGACAGUGCCACCCAGUGAGCUGCCCUGCAAGGUGUAUGAUGUGGCCCGCAACACCGGUGCCUAUACCUCCUCGGGCCUGGCCACUGCCGGCUUCCGCACAGCAAAGUACCUGGUGGACGAGUGGUUCCAGAACUGUUAUGCCCGCUACCACCAGGUCUUUGCAGACCGUGACCAGUCAGAGAGGCAGCGGCAUGAGAGCCAGCAGCUGGCGGCUGAGACGGGGGCGCUGGCACAGCGCACACAGCAGGACUCCACAAGGAGGGUGGGCCAGCGGCUACAGGACAUGCACUGUUGGCAGUCAGAGCUACAGCGCGAGGUUGACGAGCUGAUUGCUGACACCGACUUGCUGCUGUCCCAGAAGCAGCGGCUGGAGCGUGCCCUGGACGCCACGGCAGUACCCUUCUCUAUUGCCACUGACAACCUGCAGUGCCGUGAGCGCCGCCAGCACCCGGACCUCGUGCGUGACCACGUGGAGAUGGAGCUGCUGAAGGAAGCUGAGCUCAUCCGGAAUAUCCAGGAGCUCCUGAAGAGGACCAUCAUGCAAGCGGUGAACCAGAUCCGACUUAACCGGGAGCACAAGGAGACCUGCGAGCUGAACUGGUCGGACAAGGUGGAGGCCUACAACAUUGAUGAGUACUGUGCCCGCCUGCACAGCCAGAGUACUGAGGUGCAGUCCUACCCGCACUCUGCCCAGUUUGAGGAGAGUGCCUCCACACCCCAGACAUGGGCCAAGUUCACCCAGGAAAACCUGUGUCGUGCAGAGCGUGAGCACCAGGCCUCAACCAACCUGCGGGCGCUUAUCGACUGCAUCCUUCAGGACACUGCAGAGGACCUGCGGCUGCAGUGUGACUCUGUGAACCUGGCCUUUGGGCGCCGCUGUGAGGAGCUGGAGGACGCCCUGCACAAGCUACAGCACCACCUGCUUAAGACGCUGCGGGAGAUCACAGACCAAGAGCACAAUAUUGCGACCUUGAAGCAGGCCAUCAAGGACAAGGAGGCACCACUGAGGGUGGCCCAGACACGCCUAUACCAGCGUUCACAUCGGCCCAACGUAGAGCUGUGCCGUGACACUGCCCAGUUCAGGCUGGUGAGCGAGGUGGAAGAGCUGAACAUGUCCCUCACGGCCCUAAAGGAGAAGCUUCUAGAAGCAGAGCAGUCACUGCGAAACCUAGAAGACACACGAAUGAGCCUAGAGAAGGACAUUGCAGUCAAGACCAACAGCCUGUUCAUCGACCGCCAAAAGUGCAUGGUCCACCGUGCCCGCUAUCCCACCAUGCUGCAGCUGACUGGCUACCAGUGA